AUGUCAAACUCGACAAUGGAGGCGACUCAAAUGAAGGUAAAGCUGGCGGUCGACGAGAUGAUUGAUGAUCUGGACAAGAACUAUCUUCGUGAUAUGCAGAAGAGCAUGUUCCUAUGCUCAGCGCGGUUUGUAUUUUGUUUUGAUUUUGAAUCUGAACAGUUUUUCCAGGUGUUGUGACAAUAAGAAAACAACCCGCGAUGCUGUUGAGAACUGCGUCGAGAAUUGCAAUGACAGUAUGAAGAAGGCUCAGUCGUACCUUGAAAGGGAGCUCGGAGGACUGCAGGAUCAGCUCUCCCGGUGCGCCAUGACUUGCUACGAUAAGCUCGUUCAGCAGUUUGGCCCAGAUGUCAACAAAUACUCCGAAUCACAGGUUCGUAGUACAAAUAAACUGAUAGAAACGCUUAUUGAAAACUUAUACCAAAGCACAAGACAUAA